CACAGGGUCGAUCGAUACACCCUAAACCACUGGUCUGAAGUACGGUAUUAAUAAUUUGAAGCCACAGAAUAGAAGAUAAUAUAUGGGUGAAGGUUUCUUAUUGUUUUUUAUCGAAAAGAAGUGAAUUAUAAUAUAAGAAAAAAUGUCAAAUACAGAUGAAUAUUACGAAACAGUUAUUCAACUUGUAAAUGAAGCUGGAAUGCUUAUCAAAAAUAAUAUCAAUAGACAGAAAAAUGUUUUAACUAAAUCUUGCGAUGUUGACUUAGUAACAGAAACUGAUCGUCAAGUUGAAAGACUUCUAAUGGACGGUAUAAGUGCAAAAUUUCCGGAUCAUAAAUUUAUUGGAGAGGAAACUAUGGCAGAAACAAACCAAAAAAUAGAACUGACAGUCGACCCCACUUGGAUUAUAGACCCUGUGGAUGGUACUAUGAAUUUUGUACACAAGUUUCCUCACGUUUGUAUUUCAAUUGCACUUUUGAUUGAGAAAACAACAGAGAUAGGAAUCAUUUACAAUCCCAUUUUGGAUCAAAUGUUCACAGCCAGAAAGGGAAGAGGAGCUUUUUUGAAUGGAAAAACUAUUAAUGUUUCUCAAGAAACAGAACUACAAAGUGCACUAAUAAUGAUGGAAAUGGGAACUAGCAGAGAUCCUGAAAAGACGAAAGUUCUUGUAGAAAAUAUUACUACAUUAACACCUCUCAUUCAUGGAACUCGGGCUUUAGGUUCGGCAGCACUAAAUAUGUGCAUGGUUGCAAUGGGAGGUGCUGAUAUUAAUUACGAGUUUGGAAUUCAUGCUUGGGAUAUUGCUGCUGGCGACCUCAUAGUUAGAGAAGCUGGCGGAGUCUGCAUUGAUCCUGCUGGUGGAACAUUUGAUAUUAUGAGCAGAAGAGUACUCUGCGCAUCAACUAUGUCACUUGCACAGAAAAUUGCCAAGAUCUUAAUUCAGUAUUAUCCUGAACGGGACUAGUUAAUUAAUAUUUUCAAAAAGGUAUAAUUUAUUCAGGAUAUGUUAGAGAGACUUUAGAAAUGUGAAAAUGGAUUUGAUUAAUUUAUAUAUUAAUAUACCUAUAUAUUCUACCUUAAAUUUUAUCAUAAAGAAAAAUCUGUUGCAAAAUUAAAACAUGUAUUUAAAUAUAGGAUUUCAUAAUCCAACCAGAAUUAAAGGUAAUAAAUGAUAAUAAAUAAAAUAAAGUUUAUAAUAA